GGUGGAUCACUGUGGAGAGGGUAGCAGCACUCUUAACUUGUGGAGGUUCUGCUUGGCUUAGAUCUAGAUAUUUAGAUCUAGAUCUAGAUCUAGAUCUAGUCUAGAUCUCUAGAUCUAGAUUCCAGAAACAAUCAGAGUUCUUUGAAUUUGAAUUUGAAAGAAUUUAACUUUUAACCUUUACGUUUUAAGACCGACAGAAAGCAAGUCCAUGGCCCAUGGCAGGAAAAAAUUCCUUCAGAAAUCACAGCGAACGCAAGCUGCUUGUACUUGUUGAUAUGGACCAGGUGUUGUGUGAUUUUGAGAUGCGCCUUUUACAAGAGUUUCAAAGCAGACACCCAAAUGACCCAUUCAUUCCUUUGGAGGAGAGAAGAACCUUUUAUGCCCGAGAUCAGUACGCAAAAAUAAGAGCUGACUUAGCAGACAACAUCAGAGACAUUUACAACUCGGAGGGCUUCUUUCGAGAUCUACCAGAAAUACCUGGAGCUUGUGAUGCAAUGAAAGAGUUGAAGGAAAUGGAAGGUGUUGAUGUGUUUAUUUGCUCAAGCCCCUUGACAUCAUAUGAAUUCUGUUUGAAGGAAAAGUUUCAGUGGAUAGAGGAGCACCUCGGCCAGGAAUGGCUGGAUAAGAUCAUCUUGACCAAGGAUAAGACUGUCGCAAACGGGCAUGUUCUCAUAGAUGAUCGACCAAACAUCAAAGGUGCUAUUAGAAAACCUAUAUGGGAGCAUGUGGUAUUCACUGCUUGUCACAAUGUCCACUCUGACAUUCGAGGAAAGAGACGUCUGGAUAACUGGACGGACGGAAGUUGGAGGGAUCUCAUUCUGGACCUUCAGAUGAGAGUUUGACCACAGCUAGUCUGUUAGGACAGGAGCCCUCUGCAAGUGACCUUAUGAUAGAUCAAGCUGAAAGAGUACAGGUUUUUUUUCAUCCUGCUUAUUUUCAAAAGAAGAAAUUCAAUGCUAUUAUUUUAUAUUUCAGUGAUCAGACCUGCUCAAAUCUACUUGUUUUGAGAAAUCAGCUCUGUAGCUGUCAAGUGCCAUCUAAUGACUUUUAUUUUUCUUUUUAAACUUUACUCUGUUGUAAUUUGUUGAUUGACCAAAUGCAUACGUGAUUAUAAUUUUUCAUGAGCCAGGUCUGUAACGGAUAUUGACGGUCACAGUUGGCCACUUGAUUUCUUUGUUGAUUUAUAGACAGGAUGUAGGCUACAUUAUAAAUCUAUCACAAGUUCAGAUUUUUUAAAACAUUGUUCUGAUUCUAUAUAUGUAUUGAUAACUGGCUCUUCCUUUAUGACAUUUUUGUGUUGCUGAAAAGUAAAAUGUUUUGUUGUUAUUUUGAUAAAAAUUUACAUACAUUCCAUUUGUCUCUGCUGUGUAUGUAUCAUAACAAACUAGGAAAACAAUUAGAUUACAGGGUCAGCUUAUUUGAUUCUUUGACUCUCCUUCCGUCAUUGGGUCAAUUUAAUCAGCUUUAACUUUGCCCUUAAUUGCUGUUUUGAUUCUAUUCUUCCACUUUUCAAAUUAUUGAGUCAGUUUGUUUCCAAGCAGGAGUGCCCUACUCACACUGAAGUAGAACAAAAGAAAAAAUGUGUGAAAUUGUGCAGCAUCACAUAAUCUUCUCUAAGCAGAUCUGUAGGGUGAGGUUGUUCGCAUGAUGUUUCAUGAAUUCCAUCUCCAGUUGAUCCCUCCUGUCACUGGACACCAGACAUGUACAUUUUUUAUAUGAUCUUCUCCAGUGAACCAUAAGACUGUUGGACACAAGACUUCACACAGAGAUCUUUAGCAUGUGUAAGGGUUUUGUCUUGGAUAUGUAGCUUCUGGGUAAUAUGAGCAGCCUCUGGUCAGAAGAAUCUCAAGUCAGAGUUUUUUUAAAAUACUGUCAUCCUUUGAGCUUAGCUUUUCAUCCCUGUUCAGUUUACUGAUAUAGGCCAACUCCCUCACCUCUGUACCCACCACAAUGUCUUGCCUGUGCUUUUGGUUUGAUUGUGCACCAUGCUGAAAUUCAAUUAUCUUUAAUUUUUGCUGUCAGUGAUGGCUUUCGGUUUGACUAAUCUUAUCGGGCAUCUUGGGAGCGCUGUGUGAUCAAAUCAUCAAAAAAAUGUGCAGAAAAUCCAGCAAGGCUCCUGCAGCCCACUCUGUCUCUACCCAAACUCGGAGGUCCAGCCUUUAAAUAACCUAAUAGUGUUGAUAGGGGCUUUAAACAUAUACCAUUUCACCAUUUUUUCCUGUCUCUUCUUCGAGCUCUUUGUCAAAAUGAUAAAAAAUACCCAUCAGUAUUUCAUCCACAUUUAACUAUUUUGACACUUACUUUUGAAUGUCUCUAUUUGGUAACAAUGGGCACCUCUUUACUACAUGAUUUUCUUUAUGUCAUUUAAUGAAAGGUACAACUCUAUGGUGCUUGCCUAUCAUUAAAGACACAUUAUCACAGCCACAUGCCACACUCUUCUCCCAAGAGGUCUGGCUUUUUUAAAUCUCAGCGUCAUAGAUGUUGAAUAUGUUCUCUGUGAUUGAUAAGUCUGUUUGGACUCCCAUCAGCUCAGUGAGAACGUUUUCUGUACCUGUCACCCUUCAAAUUCCCUGCCACAUGAUGCACAAGAUCAGUCCUGCCGUUAUGACGGAUUCCUUCCCACUCCAUGACACUCCUGCCCCCAAACGGCCGACGUGUUGAACGCAGUUGGGAGCAUAAAGGCCAAUUCACAUGUAGUAUGUAGCGAUGUGUGGUGACGGAGGGCGACGGCACGGUGGCGGUUUGCAGAUAUUCCACAGACUUUAAUGUUCACAUGAUUGCGGUGUUUGUGAUCAAAAGUGUAGCGCGGUGUCCUUGUUUUGUGGUAAGGCAGCGUCAUACAAGGAUGGAUUUUGCCGAACGAGUUCAAUAAGUUUUUCAUAAAUUGCAUCUUGGCUUCAAGAAACCUGACAGUAUUUCCUUCAGAAAGUCCGUAAGAAUGAGUUUCAGGGUAUGGAUCAGUGGUUCUCUUUUGUGGAGAGAUUCGUUUGCGUUUUCAAAUAUUCUUAUGGAGAACAAAAGAAAAUGAGCAUAAGCUCUGCUCAUGUCACUGUGCAGCAGUCUCUGAAUUGCUUUCACUCUCUGUUCCUCCGUCUUCUUUCCUUUGGUCUCUUCAGCCUUUUUUUCUUUGCUUUCUUCUGUCUUCUUUCCUUUACCCUCCUCAGUCUUCUUUUAUUUACUCUCCUCUAUCUUCUUCACAUCUCCAACCCUGCUUCCUGUGCUUUCUGUCUUCUUUGGAAUUUUGUAACUCUUGGACUGGUGGCUGAGUUUAGGCUGGUCUGACUUCUCUGUUCCCACCUCCUCAGGGACAACCAACAAGUGCACAUGUGCUUCAGCACUUUUCUCUCCUCCUCUCCACAUUCUACUUGGAUUUCUUUGAGUCUGUGCUUUCUGUUUACACUUCCUUCCAUGUAGUAGAAAAGAUCAACCAGAAGGGAAUUCACUGCCACUGGCAACAUUGUCGCUGCAUUUUGUUCUUCAAUGUUUAUCGGAUGGCAAGGGCAUCCAAGGGCUAUCAUGUGCUGCUGUCUUUGUCGAAGAACUGAAAUGACUCCCUGGUUUUUUGUUAACAUAACUGUGGCAUUGUCAGGUCCCAUAGCAACACAGUUUCCUGUUGACGCGUACAAUUUCUCCAAAUCAGAGAUCAUCAGCUCACCAAACCAAUAUUCACUCCCGUUGAACCUAACUCCAGACUGGGCACAUACACAAGCUGCAAUUUUAUUGACUUGGUGUCCUUAUCUGGAAAGAAUUGGGUACAGCUUGGAGUCAGAUGUGUGGCUGAUAUAGCAAAAGGCAAUUGUCGAAGCUUUGAGCUGACUUCAGUCUUGUCCUGUGGUGCCAUUUCGUUCCUGAUGCAGGUUGUUUUGGUCCUCCCUGAAGCGUACUUCUUUGUCUCCUCACUUUUACUUUUAGGGAAGGCUUUCCUAAACAGCUGGGCGAUGUAAUCUACAGCUGACAGAGGCACAUUAUGCUCAAUGGAGGACGCAGUGAAUAAGCCCCCAGCUCUGAUGAUGUCAUGAUCCUCAUCAACUGACCAAGAAAAGAAAGAUUUCAAUGAAGAAGACUGCUGGGCAGCACGAUCUAAUUCUACAGUUCUCACAUGGACACUUGAUUCAAUGUGCUGACUGAUGUCACUAUGUCCUCCAAGAGAAAUAUUGAUGUCCUUCCGACACAGCUUACAGAAAGCAUGCAAAGUUGAACGCAUCUGUGUACUUAGAGCUGAAGUGAUUUUCUCUGCGUUUCUUCUUCGCGGAUGGAGGCUGAAGGGAAGGUGCUGACAUUUCACACCACGUCCACAAGAUUACAACUCCGUUGUUGACUGGAUCUCUAGACUAGAUUGUAGAGUUCUAGAAUAUCUUUAUUAAACUUAAAUUUCAAACGGGUAGGAUUGCACAUCCACAGCACAGUCACAAUUAAACUCAAUGGCACAAGACAAAAGCUGAGAGACUGUGAUAGUGCCAGAGCUAUGGCAUGACUGCAUGAUGGAGUUGGAGCCCGAAAAAGUGCCAGAAGGCUUGCAGUAUCACUCUCUGUCAUUGUCCGCCUGAGUCAGCGCCAUCAAGCCACUGGGUCAGUCCAAGAACGCCCGCUGGCAGGUUGACCCAAUACAUGACAACUCAGAGUGUUUGCAAGUGGUCCUUAACUUAUGCUGAAGUCUGCAGAUGGUGCAAAUGUAACACAAGGAAGUUCAAAUAUCAAAAUAACGCUAUGAAUGUAACAAUAGAGAGUUCAAGUACAAGUCCAGCAUUUAUCAUUCCCAUUUGUAGCAUCCAUAUUCUGCUUAUGUUACUUUUGCCUGUUUUGAAAACCAGUGAAAAAAUGAUCCAUAUAAUAAUAUGUUAAAAGCGCUGGGCUUUAUAGUGUGUACAAUGUAUAAGCUUUGUUUGAUCAGUGUCUGUGUGAUUAGCGUUAGAGGCAAAUUUUUAAUGAGUAUAGGAUAGGCCAUGCUGAGUUGUUUUCAGCAUAUCUCCUGAAAUUUAGAUCUAUAUCAACUAUAUGUACAAUACCAACACUUUGCCCUUGUGUUUCUUCCGAUCCAAAAUUGUUAUCGUCUAUGAGCAGACUCACGUGUCACAUUUUCUCAUUUGCAUUGCAAUUCUUGUACUUUAGUGAAGGUCAAAGGUGCAUUUAAGAAGAAUACUCUGACUGAUUUUAAAAAAUGCUGAGUAUGACAGUCAUAAUGAAUUCAAUUGUGUGUAGUCUGGGAAAGUUCAAAUGAAUUUUAGAAUUAAACGGCCAUGUCUGUGGAACUAGAUUCUAGAAAGACUUUGAAUGAAUAGAAUGGGACGAGUGAAAAAGAUUCUGAAUAAAAUGCUGUAUUUUUAUACAUAUAUUUUUUUAAAUAUAUGUAUUGAUUAAA